GCUAGCACAGCUCAGCUAGCACAGCUGCAACUUCCAAAGGAAGAGGCCCUCAGGUCCGUCGUCAAUCCGCGAUGAAGAGGAGGACUCGCGUUACAGGAGGAGCAGUUGGUCGGAGAACAAUUUUACAACUCUCUCCUUCGGGGCCCCGCGGUGGGAUUGCUGGGGAGAGGGAAGAAGGACCCUCAGGAUCUGAUGACGAGCAGGAAGGAGAGGGACAAAGAUUCGUGAGAGAGAAACGCGCCAACAUGAAGCCUCCCACAGUGAAAGCCACCGAGGGACUGUCUUUGCUUGGAGCCUAUGAAGAUAGCGAUGAAGAGGACGGUGUCGAGUCUCGACCAACUGCUAUGACCUCUCAACAUAUUCGCUCUGCGGAUAUUGAUAGUACAUUAGCGAAUUUCAUGGCUGAAAUUGAUGCUAUCACCACUCAGCCAAGUUCAGAUGAUGCAACGGGUCAGCCUACAGACUCGGCUAGUAUCCCACCCAAACCAGAGGCUAAUGCUCAGCAGCCAGGUGCCAGUGCGGGAACAAGUGCACAGUUCGAGUUCAAUACUCAGUACUCCUUAGCUGGAGUGAAUGUGGAAAUGGGGGACUGGCAAGAAGUAUGGGACGAGAACUCUGGCUGCUAUUAUUACUGGAACACUGUGACCAAUGAGGUCUCCUGGGAACUGCCCAGCUUUUUAGCUAAUCAAGUGCAAAGCCUGGCUCAGUAUGCAAACAGCACGAGUGUAAAUGGCAAUGGCACAUCCCAUACAUCUUAUUACACUGGUGCAAAUACAUCUGCUGCAGCUCCAACAUCUACUAAAGACACUAAGGUCAAGGAGGUCAUGGAGAGUGUUGUAGGCCUCACAAGCAAAGAAGAGGAGCGCUGUGGAGUGGCUGCAGCUCUGCUCGGUCCCUUAAUCCCCAUAGAGGUGAAAGACGCAGAGGAGAAAUGGAGAAAAAGAAUCCUUAAAGGUUUGGACGAGAACGAGACGAUUUUGGAUUCCGACGGAGAGGGUGUUCGCUCUGCCGGAUCCCCCUCGACUCCUUUGCGUGACCCGGACUCUGUCCAAACUGUGGAGAAAGACUCUGCCACAAAGAAGAUGUCAGAGGAGAACUCUGACACCGAAGGGGGACCAGAGGAGGACACAAUGGAGCUGGAACUGACUUUGGAGAGGAAAAAGGCUGAGCUCCAGGCACUAGAGGAUGGUGAUGGAAGUGCUGGAGGCUCCAGUCCUUGUUCUGAGACAAGCCAAGAUGCUUCUGGUUCUCGUGCUGCCCUUAAGAAGAAACGGUGGAAAGCAGUCUUUCCCGGUGCUCCAAGUCCAGAUUCAAACAGUCGAAACUCAGACCUUCCGGACAGCACACACUCAGUAAACAUCAACAUGCCAGAGAGCAUGGCAGCAGAAGAGGACAGGGAGAUGGAGGACUCUGAGCAGAAACCAGAUUUAAAUGCUCCACCUAAAGAUGAGGUAGAGACACCUGAGCUCAAGUUUCAGAUUGGAGAACUGGCUAACACAUUAACCAACAAAAUGGAGUUCCUGGGCAUAAACAAAAAGGCUGUCUCGAACUUUCAGUUUCUUCUUCUGCAAACCGAGACACGGAUCGCUGACUGGAGGGAGGGCGCUCUGAAUGGGGUCUAUCUUCGCCGCAGGCUACAGGAAGCUGCCGAACACAUAAAAUAUUAUGAACUUAACGCCACCCCUAAAGGCUGGUCCUGCCACUGGGACAGAGAGCACAGGCGAUAUUUUUAUGUCAACGACCUGACGAAUGCUUCCCAGUGGGAGUUCCCGACAGAAGAGGCAAAGGGGGAUGACUUGAAAAGAAGCCACACUAGCCAGGACGAUAACAAGGCAUCGGCACCCAAUGGCGGGUCCACAGCACCAUCUGUUCGUGCCCCUGUUGCCCCACCAGCAGCCCCUCCGUCCAACGCAUCUUUGUGGUCCCCAUCUCAACCCCCGCUUCCUGAUAGCCCACCCCCGCCCCCCGAAGACCCGCCACUUCCACCUCUCCCCCCUGGUUCGCCACCUCCACCGCCACCUCCACCUGACAGUGAUAGUGAGAUCAUGGAGGUGGAAAUGGAGAUGGAUGACGACGAUGACGAGCCCCCAGCCCCUGGAACAGAGGACAAUGGCACUGGGUGGCCUCCUUCGGCCAAUACAGGGCUUAAGGUGUUGGAAUCUUCAGGUGUACUGGGAAAAGGUCAGAAACGCAAGGCUGGCCAGCUGAAUAAAGCCAUAAUUGGGAGCAGUCCCAUUCUAUACACACAGUCUAUUGCCACUGCAGCGCCGGUCAUAACUGCACCAGUCUACUGGGGUGUGCCGGCUGUCGCUGCACCUAUGAUCCCCUGCGAGCCUCCCCUUCCACCCAUUCCCACUCUGCCCCCACAACCACCUCUGCCACCUCCCCAGCCACACUUUGAACCCCCGGUUUCUAAAGUGGCACCUGUAGAAAAGAUCAAGAAACCCAAGAAGGAUAAGAAGACAAAGACCAAAAUGCCCUCCCUGGUGAAGAAGUGGCAGAGUAUACAGAAAGAACUGGAGGAGGAGGAGAAGAGCAGCUCCAGUGAUGAGGACAGAGACCAGCUCAACAAGAAGAGUAUAGAAGACUGGAAGCAGCAGCAGCUCUUGACCGGAAAAGCGUCAAAGAAUGCCAACUUUGAGGCACUUCCUGAUGAUUGGCGAGACCGACUGAAGAAAAGGAAGCUGAACAGCACGUAACAUCCGACUGGAACAACUUGAUCAACGUUUUAUAUGGGUAUUUUCAAAUAAUGUCAUAAUGUAACUGGUUCUCCCAAACAGAAGAUUUGGUUGUUCAUUUGUGGACCUAUCCAUUCACUUCAGCGGUCCAUGCGUGGCACACAAAGGCUUUGAAUGUCCUUUUCUUAUUUUUUUUUUUUAGACUAUAAUGUAAAUGUGCCAAACCUCUUGAGUUUGUAAAGUCCUUUGUAUAGAAGUAAUUUAGACGGCCACAAAAGUGUGGAGGAUUCAUCUCUUUUAGCAUUUAUACAGCUGUGUACAUAAGAUGUAUAUUGCCAUAAGCCAUGUUUUGGAAAGAGAUGGAAUGUCUCUGAAUGUGUACAUUUUGUAAAGGUAUUAAACUGUUUUUCCAA